CUACGUCGGCUUCAAAAGUUGGACCAAGUUUCAUCGCAACGCUGAGCCGUAAAAAGAUCUUAACAAGGGAACAUUGGCGACCUUAAAAAUGGCUCAAGAAGUAGAAGAAAUUAUGAAGCGGAUCCAAAGUCAUCGUGGAGUGAAGCAAAUGAUGAUUAUCAACAAAGAUGGUUUGCCUCUGAAGACCAACAUGGAAAUGACUCCAGCCACAGAACAGAUCAUCAGGAACAUCCACGAGCUUUCCAUCGCAGCGCGGAGACUGGUGCGAGACGUUGACCCCACAGAUGACCUCAUGUUUUUACGAACCAGGUCGAAGAAUGACGAGCUCCUCAUCUCACCAGAUGAAGACUUCACAGUGGUGGUCAUCCAAGGCAAUGGGGAGUAGCUGUCGUUUGACCCCUUCUCUCGUGACCUGUGCUGUGACCUCUGUGACCCGCAUGACAUGAUGACACUGUGCAGGUUUAUGCAAAUGAUCUGAUAUUUGCGGAAAAUGCUCUUUGUAUGACCGAAAAAUGUGAUGCUGUGAUUGAUAUGGUUCUUUUUAUGGUGGUUUUAUUAUUUUAAAAAAAAAUGUUUAAUGUUUUAGGAAUAACAGAUGAAGUGAUUAAGUUAGAAAGGGAGAAGAGACAGAGAAAAGAAAGAGACUAGAAGACUGAGAAAAUGUGGAACAGGGAAAGAGAGAGAAUGUGAUGAGAAAGAAUGUCAGACUGUUGAGAAGAAAUGGAAGGCACAAACAGACACACUUCGAUAAAAGUGCUUAGGGGGACAGAAAAAUAUUGACAAAGUUUGUCCUAAAAAGGAAGCUACGAUCUGAAGAUAUCUUUGUUUUAGAGAAUCUCAUUGAACUUCUGCUUAGACACAGAUUUAGAAUGAAGAGUUGACAUUGUAAACUUCCCCUACAAAACAAAUUAACACAUAACACUUUAAGCAUUACAUAGUUUAUCAAGAGACAAAAAUUGUAUCAACAAGAGCACAAGACGUGAGCAUACCAGUUCCAAGAAGCAGAUUGCAUUUUAUCGGACAUCUCUGGUUGUGAACACAGAGCAUUGUGUCAUUUAAGGGAACUGGGCUGAGAGACAAGGUGCUCUUGGAAAGACAAGCAAAGUUUAGACCUUACCAGGACUCUUGCCCUGAAUCUCCAUGUGUUGACAAAGUAUUUCCCGCUAUAUUUGUUUUUUGGCAGCUGGGUGGAAUGGCAGCUUGUUGUUUUUGUACAUGGAUAGCUUUCUUCCAAUAAAACGUCAACUCUUACUUUUGUUAUAGAUGGUAUUAAGUAUUUAUUAUUUCUCUGAAGUCUGUUGGCAUAGUGUUGAAAUUGUUGCUUAUAAAUUUUAUAUUUUGUGUAAACAAUAAACUCAUUUCUUAAAAAGAAA